GGGCGGCCGGGCCCGCCUCUGCCGCUCGGCACGGCAGCACCGCGGACAGCGCCAGUCCCGCCGCGCCCCCCGGCACGGCCCCGGUGACAGCGCCGGUUCCCCCGGCACAGCCCAGCCCGGCCCGGGCCCCCAGCCCCGCGCCAUGGCCACGGAGGUUCACAGCCUGCAGGAGCUGCGGCGCAGUGCAUCUCUGGCCACCAAGGUCUUUGUGCAGCGGGAUUACAGCGAUGGGACCACAUGCCAGUUCCAGACAAAGUUCCCCCCUGAGCUGGAGAGCCGGAUUGAGCGGCAACUCUUUGAGGAAACAGUGAAAACCCUUAAUGGCUUCUAUGCUGAGGCGGAGAAGAUCGGGGGCAGCUCCUACCUGGAGGGGUGCCUGGCCUGUGCCACUGCCUAUUUCAUCUUCCUCUGCAUGGAGACGCACUACGAGAAGGUCCUGAAGAAGAUCUCCAAGUACAUCCAGGACCAGAACGAGAAGAUCUAUGCACCACGGGGGCUGCUGCUCACUGACCCCCUGGAGCGCGGCAUGAGGGUUAUUGAGAUCUCCAUCUACGAGGACCGGUGCAGCAGCGGCAGCUCCAGCAGCGGCAGCUCCAGCAGCAGCAGCAGUGGGGGGGGUGGCGGGGCGGGGGGCCGGUGACUGGCAGGGGGUCCCUGCAGGGACUCGUACUGCCGGGACAGUGGUCUGUCCGAGCUCCGCAGGCUGCACUACCAGAGCACCCGCUUCUGAGCCCAGGGAGAGCGGGAGGGAGGCCGGGGGCUCCCACCCCUGUCUGCUCUGUGCCCCCCCACAAGCGGCUCUGCCCCUGCUCAGUCCCACUGCGGGCAGGGGCUGGGGCUGGUGUAUCCCAGGUGCUUCCCACUGAGAGAAACUGGUGCCAAGGGGCUGCUGCAGCCCACCGGGUGCUCGCUGUUGCUGCCUCUGCCCCAAGUGAAGGAGCUUGCCCAGCUGCGUAAGGAGCGCCCUGUGUGUCAUGCAUCAGGACUGGUAAAACCCCAGGCAGCGCUAAGGGGGGGACACGCACUUAUCCCUAAGCCCAU